AUGAACAUAACUAUUCGUGAAAUUCAAGUGGAUGUUGCUCGUCACAUGAUGCAACUUUCACCCAAUGAUACUCAAGUAAGAAAUAUCGUCAUGCAAAUGAAUAUGGGUGAAGGAAAAACGUCCGUCAUUAUACCCAUGUUAGCACUUAGUUUAUGUUCACCUUUAUCAAGUUUGGUUCGUGUCGUAGUUUUGAAAUCAUUAUUUCAUAUGAAUUAUCAAUCAUUAAGAUUUAAAUUGGGAGGUUUAUUGAAUCGGCGUAUUUUUUCAUUUGCUUGUCGUCGUAAUAUGGAUUUCAACCAUAUCCAAGUGAAUCAAAUCUUUGAUCGACUUCAACAAGGAUUACGUCGUUGUGAUAUCAUAUUAGUUUCACCUGAAGCCAUUCUUUCGUUUGAUUUGUUGAUGAUCGAUAAAUGUCGACGACACGAAUUUGACACGGCUCGUUCAAUGUUAAUAGUACAAAGAUGGUUGAAAACAUUUGCUCGAGAUGUUUUAGAUGAAUCGGACGAAAUUUUACAUUGUAAAUAUCAAUUAAUUUAUACAGUUGGUGCUCAACAACAAGUGGACGGAGGCGUGGAACGCUGGAAACUCAUUCAAUUGAUAUUGAACUCUGUUAGAAAAUUUGCUACAGACAUUGCACAAAGUGAUCCUGAUGAUAGUUGCUAUAAAUCACCGAAAUGCAAAAGUGCUUUUCCGGAAUUUCGGUUAUUAUCACAUCAACCAUAUGCUAAAUUAUCUGCAAAAAUUGUUCAUGAUUGGCUCAAUCAGAAAUCAUAUCGAAAAACGGAUAAGCAGACUAUUUUAUCAUUCAUUUUCGAUAUGAAUACCUCGGUCGAUGCUCUUGUCCAUCGAUUCUCAUCGAAUGAUAUUCAAUCGUUUCUUAUUAUUCGUGGUUUACUAUCAACAGAAGUCUUAUUAGUUGCUUUGAAGAAACGUUAUCGAGUUCAUUAUGGUGUCAAUUCCCAUACCAGUUUUAAUCGAUUGAUGGCCGUACCGUUUCGAGCUAAGGACGUUCCUGCAGAAAGGACCGAAUUCGGUCAUCCGGAUAUUGCACUUGUUCUGACACAACUUUCGUACUACUAUAGUGGUUUGAAUGAUUCGCAAAUGAUUCAAUGCUUCAAUCGUUUAAGUGAAGAAGAACGAGAUCCGGAAUCGAUCUAUGAUGAAUGGAUUUCACAGGAAGAUGAAAAUGAUGUUCCUCAAAUCUAUUUCGGCUAUGCAAUUGGUAUUCUGAUCAUUGAUUUCAAUCCUCAAGUGAAUGGAUCGGCAGAGAGUUCAUCUCCGAAUGAGAGCGAUACGAGUGCAACGUCUGUGAUGUCGACACUUGAUCAACCAGUGAUCAGCAGCCCAUUGAUAAAUCGACUGUACCUAGGUUUUGCUGUUGUCCAUCUUAUCUCAGCCUUUCUCUACUGGUGGGCUUGGGCUGGUCGAUCAUGGCUGGACGUUAUUAUGAUACCUGAGUAUCUAAAUCAUAUUGAAGCUGGACUAUAUCUUUGGUCAGCGAUCUGGUAUUCGAGAGAAGACACACUAGGUGGUUAUUAUACAUUAUCAGUGCAUAAAAUCGAGUUGGCAGCAGCGAUUGUUGAACUGUUUGCUUCGUUUGGCUGGAUCAUGUCGUGGUACAUGACCUACAUUCGGACACUGGGUCGUGGCUUUACUCUCGAUGAUCCUGAUGUUAUCGCAUAUUCCUGUACUACUAUUAGCUCGAUUGUCUACCUGGUCUACAACAUUCAGAUCAAUGUUAAACCAGAGUUGUAUGGUACCUACUAUUUGUUUACCUACGGUGACAUCGUGUAUUUCGUGGGCGCUUGCUAUUAUAUUUUCGCGAGUCUACGUGAUGAUCAUUGGUUUUGGUUCCUACCACUGGCAGGUCAGUAUGGUGUAGCACCUGGACGUGUACAUGUAGAAACAAAGAAUUUACCACAACUCGGGAAACCGAUGGUAUUGAUAACCGAUGUAUGUCGACGUCGAAUUCGAAAGGUGGAACCUACGGAAUCGAAAGCCGUUGAUCUUGUCAUGGUAUCAUAUCUUUAA